UCUUUCUAGUUCCUUGAAGUGUAAAGUUGGGUUGUUUGAAAUCUUUUUUUUUUUCUUAAUGUAGGCGUUUUUGCUCGCAUAUCAGGAAUUGACAGAAUCCAAGAGUGGAGGUGAAGGUUGAGUGCUAAUUUAAGGGGAAGUUGUCAUCCACAGGGAACUUACAGUUAUCCAGAACCAUUGCAGUGAAUUAAUUGAAGGUGAUAAAACUUUGGUAACUUAAAUACAUAAUGACUUAAAGGACGUAUACAGGAAGUUCUCAGGUGAUGGGGAUGAGAAUUAAAAUGUGGUGACAAAAAUAACUCAGAGAAGUAAUUGUAUGUGAGCAGCAGGUAGACCAAGAAGUAAGCCCCUCUCCCACCAGUGACUUCAUUGUUUUCUUUCUUCUUCUCCACAUUCCACUUCUUUCCCAUGAUAACUGUGUUGGAAGACAAGAAAAGGAUGAGACAGUGGAGGAAAUGAAUGGAGAGGAACAACACACCUUUGAUUCCAGGCGCUUUUUAUACAUUCCCAUUGAGUCUCUAAAAUAACUGAGGUAUAGAUAGAAGCCCCAAAUAAGUGUUAGCUAUGAUGUGCCAGGCACUAUCCCAAAUGUACCUGUAGAUCUGUCUCUUUGAGAAUCCUCACAACCCCAUGAGCAGGUAGGCUCUGAUCCCAAGAUCAAAGGUGAGAAAAGAGGCACAGAGAGAUCCUGUUAUUUGGCCAGUCACCUUGCCAAUAUGUGGCAUUGAGAAUAAAAACAACCAAGUGGAUUUGAGUCUAAACACUAAGCCUGAGCACUGGAUGUGCCCCCGGGUUUUCCCACAGGACAGAGAAACUUGGGGGGAAGGAGGUAAGACAGUAUCUGGUACACAGUAUGCUCUAUAAAAUAUGGAUUUGAUAAAUUUAUCCUCUUGGGUGGGUUUUCAUUUUCUUCUAUUUUCAUGUCUCCACAGGUCUUGUCUGUUCUCUCUUCCAAUUGGUUGUCUUUGUCACUGGCACUAAGGUUCUAGGUCUUGAGAGAAAAUAAAUGAUGUGAAUCAGAAUUCUAUCCCUUUUUCCUGCUCUUCCUCCUGCUCUGUCUUCUUCCUCUCCUUGUUAUUUGUUCCCAUCCUUGAUGUCCUCUGCCUCCUCCUCCUCCUCCCCUUUUGAAAAUGGGGUCAUGCUGUACAUGGUCUAUUUAAGCAAGGAGGAACUACAAAGGUUCAAGCAGCUUUUAGUGGAUGAGAACCCCAGACCUGGCUCUGUCCAGAUCACCUGGGACCAGGUGAAGACAGCCAGAUGGGGGGAGGUGGUUCAUCUCUUGAUGGAGUACUUCCCUGGCUGACUGGCUUGGGAUGUGACUCGUGACAUCUUUGCUAAGAUGAACCAGACAGAACUGUGUCUUCAGGUACAGAUGGAGCUAAAUGACAUUCUACCCAGACUGGAGCCAGCAGACACAAACCCAAGAGAAAUGCCAGUGAAUAUGGAGGAAAGAGAAUCUGAUAAAAUACAAGAGUACAAACUGCACGUGAUCGAUGAGUGUUCCACAACAUGUAGCAAGACCACUUGGCCUGGGAAUCAUGUAGACUUCUUCUACCAAGAAACAGAGACACACAAGAGGUUCUUACCAUGUCUGUUUCUUCCCAGAAGACCUCAAGGGAGACAGCCCAUGACUGUGGUCCUACAGGGAGUUGCUGGUGUUGGAAAAACAGCCCUAGCCAAAAAGGUGAUGUUGGAGUGGGCACAAAACAAGUUCUACCCCCAUAAGUUCUGGUGUGCUUUCUACAUCCAUUGCCGGGAAGUGGCCCAGGUGGCCAAGCAGAGCUUCUUGGAGCUGAUUGCCCAUAAGUGGCCAGGGUCAAAAGCUCUCAUGUCCAAGAUUAUGUCCAAACCAGAGCAACUUCUGCUCCUCUUUGAUAGCUUUGAGGAGGUAACAUUAACCCUCACAGAUAGACCAACUGACCUGAGUGACGACUGGAGCCAGAAAUUGCCUGGGUCUAUCCUGCUGACCAGUUUGCUGAGCAAAAGAAUGCUUCCUGAAGCCACUAUACUGAUCACUCUGAGGUUCACUUCUUGGAGGAAACUUAAGCCCUUCCUAAAACAGCCCUCUUUUACAACCCUUACAGGGUUUGGUAUGGCAGAAAGAGGCAAGUGUUUCAGGACCUAUUUCGGAAACAAGAGGGAAGCUGAUGAAGCCUUGAGUUUCAUCAUGGGAAACACGAUUCUCUUGUACAUGUGCCAGGUCCCUGUGGUUUGCUGGAUGGUGUGCUCUUGUCUGAGGCAGCAGAUGGAGAGAGGAGCAGAUCUCAGGCAGGUGUAUCCAAACGCCACGGCUCUAUUCGUCCAGUAUCUGUCUAGCUUAUUUCCCACCAAGGCUGGAGGACUUCCCGGCAACACUCACCAAGAACAGCUGAGAGGUCUGUGUUACUUGGCUGCAGAGGGUAUGUGGAACAUGAAAUGGGUGUUUGACCCAAAAGACCUGGAGCACGCCAAGCUGGAGGAGACCGCCGUUGCCACUUUUCUCCGUGUGAAUAUUUUUCAAAGGGUUGCAGGUGACCAAGACUGUUACACUUUUGCCUUCAUGAGUUUCCAGGAAUUCUUUGCUGCCUUGUGGUACGUCCUCUCUUCCCCGCAAAGACUCAGAAAUUUCCAGGUGUUGGGCAGCGUUCACGUCACGCGCCUGAUAGCCUACCCCGGAAGAAAGAAAAACUAUCUCGCUCCGAUGGGGCUUUUCCUGUUUGGCCUUUUAAAUGAAACAUGCGCUUUAGCCGCAGAGAAGUCAUUCCGAGGCAAGCUGACCUUGAGUAACAGAGAGAAGUUGUUGAAAGUUGCAGCCCUGUCACAUGAAUUUGACCCCCCAACCCCACACCACGGCGUCCCACAGCUAUUGUACUGUCUGCAUGAAAUCCAGGAGGAGGCAUUUGUGAGCCAGAUCCUAAAUGAUUGUCAGAAAGCUGCUUUGACCAUCAGCAAGGUCAAAGACAUGCAGGUGUCUGCUUUUUGUCUGAAACACUGUAGACACCUGCGGUGUCUGAAACUGACCAUCACCCUGACCAUCACCCAAGUUUGGAGGCUCAACCAACCAAGCCACCCAGGCUCUGAGCUACCGGAAAGCAGCGGUCAGUGUUUUCUCUGGUGGCGAGACUUCUGCUCCGUGUUUUGGACACACGAGAGUUUGGAGGUCCUGGCUGUGACCAACACUUUUAUGGAGACUGAUUCAGCGAGGGCUCUUCAUGCAGCUCUGAGACACCCUUGGUGUCCACUGCAAAAACUAAUCUUUAGACAUGUGAAUCCCUCUAUGUUGAAUGAAGACUUCUUCCAAGUUUUGAUUGAAAACCGGUAUAUGAGACACUUGGAAAUACAAGGCACAGAAGUGAGAUGUGAGACCAUGGAUUUUCUGUGCACAGCCUUGAAGUACCCACAGUGUUAUCUACAGCGUCUCAGCCUGGAAGACUGCCCACUUAACCCUAAAAGUUGGAUUGAUAUUGCCAGGAAUCUCAGAAGUAACAUACACUCAAAGACACUAAUAUUAGGAAGUACCUACCUGGAGACAUUUGGGGAAUAUUACCUGUCCAUGGCCCAGCUGGAGAGGCUAAACGAGAACCUGACCCAUCUGAGCUUGGCAGAAAAUGCCUUGAAGGACGAAGGAGCAAAACAGCUUUGCAGUGCCUUACAGCACUCUUCAUGCUCUCUACAGAGGCUGGUGUUGAGAAACUGUCACCUGACCUCCGAGUGCUGUCAGGACAUGGCCUCUGCUCUGGAUAAAAAUAAAAAUUUGAGAAGCCUGCACCUGGGUUUUAACAGUCUGAAGGACGAUGGUGUUAUCCUGCUCUUUGAGGCCCUCGAGAAUCCUGAGUCUGUCCUCCAGAUUCUGGAGUUGGAAAGGUGCCUAUUCACCUGUGUCUGUUGCCAGGCUAUGGCCUCCAUGCUCCUCCACAACCAGAGCCUGAGAUACCUGGACGUGAGCAAGAAUGACAUUGGGUGCAGGGGCAUACUGCUCCCGCAGGAGGCUUUUCAGCAGCGCCAAGUGGAAAGCGAGGGCUGUUUUGUAAGUCUCUGUUGGGUUCCCUGUGCAGAAAAACAACAGCCCAAGCAAAGCUCCUGGACAAGAGGGAAACUCUGGACCUAAAAAGCUAUUGCAGCUGUUGCUGAUGUUCCUCUCAUUUCCUGGGGAUUUAAAUUUUCCUGGUGCCUGUUGGGAACAUUGGCCUGCACUCUCCUGUCGGAUUUUAACUUCCUUCUGUCCUUCACCUUCCCUCCUUGUGUUAACUGAGUUAGUCACCACUUACCAGCCAUAUGACUGUGAACAAGUUCCUUUACCUCUCUGAGUCUCAGCUUCCCCAUCUGUGAACUGGGAUGGCGGCUUCCUCCAUGGAGAUGUGACGCCACAGCGUUCUCAGUCAGUGGUGGAUUCUGGGUGGAGGUUGUAAGGGUAUCUGGAGUUUUCAUUAUCCAUUGCUCCGUAACAAAUUACUGCAAAGCUUAAUCCCUUAAGGCAACACACGUUAAUUUUCUUGUAAUGUUUCCAAGGGUCAGAACAAUGGGAGUGGUUUGGCUGGGUAGUUCUAGCUCAUGGUCUUCACUGACGGGGUAUGAUGGAGACUUAGAAGAGUGAUUUCUAUGCUCACCCAUGUGGCUGUUGGCAGGAGGCCUCAAUUACUCUCUGUACGGCUGCUCAUGACGAUGCAGCUGGCUUCCUCCAGAACAAGUGAGAGGCAGAGAG